AUGGAAGAUGCUCUUUGGAAGGAUCUAGUGAAGAGGCUAAAUUUCCUAAUUUCCAGAGAAAUAACCCUUAUUCCAACACCUACAAUCCCAGAUGGAAAGAUCACCCGAAUUUUAGAUGGAUCUUUCAAAGAUGUAGAAACAAGUUUCGAGCUGAUCACCAACAGAGGUGAAAAUGAAAUAGUGGAAGAGGAUUUGAUGGAAAAGGAAGAAUUGAUGACUGAAAGAGAGGAAAGUAAAAAUCAGGGUGACCAAGAGGAGAUAGGAGCCACCAUUGAACAAUUAAUAGAUAAAAACUCCUCAUGGAGAAGGACUAAGAAGCAGAUUCUUAAUUAUCCCAAUCCAGAACUACCUGAUUACAUCAAACCGCCUUAUCUUAUAAUUAAGAAGAAACCAUUACAGGAAGAUGAGGUAAAAUUGUUUACAAAGUUUAAAGAGAUGUUGGCUACAUUUCAAGUAAGUAUCUCGUUUCACGAAAUUUUAGAACUAAUUCCCAAGUUUGCUAAAUUCAUGUUGGCAUUGCUAAAGGAUACAAAGCCAAAGUUGGUCAAAGAACAGGUGAACAUGAUAGAAAAAGAUGAGACGGCAGUGCCUCAAUCAUUUCCACCAAAGAUGACUGAUCUAGGAAAGUUCACCAUCGCUUGUACAAGUGGUGGAGUAAAGAUCCCACACACUUUAUGUCAUUUAUGGUCCAAUAUCAAUGUCAUGCUGAUGAAUAAGUUUAAAGAAUUGAAAUUGGGAGAGACCAUACCGAGUAAUAUGACUCUCACUUUAGCUGAUUCAUCUAUUACUCAUCUGCUUGGUAUCGUACAAGACGUGUUAGUGCAUGUCGAUGGUUUAGUCUUUCCUGCAUAUUUUAUAGUAACUGACAUGAAAGGAGAUUCAAGAAGGUUAGUUAUUCUCAGAUGCCCAUUCUUGGCAAUCGGGAAAGCUUUAAUAGAUGUGGAAACAUGUGAAAUUGUCUUGAAGUUCAACAAGGAAAAGGUGAUGUUUAAUGUGUAUUGA